AAAAAAAUGUCUGCCGCAGCUUCUUCCAACACUGUCUUUUCACCACCGGACCACCUCAUCCCCUCCGAUCAACUCUGCUAUGUUCACUGCAACUUUUGUGACACUGUCCUCGCGGUGAGCGUUCCUGGCAGCAGUUUGUUCAAGACUGUGACGGUCCGAUGCGGCCAUUGCAGCAACCUCCUCUCAGUCAACAUGCGCGCCCAUCUUUUUCCUGCUGCAGCAAACCAACUUCACCUCGGACAUUCUUUCUUCACUCCUCAGAGUCUCCUGCAGGACGAGAUCCGAAACACCCCAUCAAACACGUUUACAAAUCAGCCUAACAUGAUGAUGAACGAAUCGUUUAAGCCGAUGAUUCGAGCAGUUGAGGAGAUGCCUAAGCCUCCACCUGUUGUUAACAGACCUCCGGAGAAGAGACAGAGAGUGCCAUCUGCCUACAACCGCUUCAUCAAGGAAGAGAUCCAACGUAUCAAAGCUGGAAACCCUGAUAUAAGCCACAGAGAAGCCUUCAGUGCUGCUGCCAAGAAUUGGGCCCAUUUCCCUCACAUCCAUUUUGGCCUGAUGCCUGAUCAACCCGUGAAGAAACCCAAUAUGAGCCAGGACGGAGAGGACAUGCUCAUCAAAGACAAUGGAUUUUUCAGCGCUACUGCAAAUUUGGGUGUCUCCCCCUACUAAGAAAGAUUUGCGUUUCCUAUUUCACCUUUUAUAUGGACUUCGAAAAACUACUAGUAGUUAGUAGGAAUCUUCUGAAUCCUAAGCUUUAUUAUAAGUGGACUCCAGAAAUUUGGGUUGCAUGGUUAUA